GGGGCGGGGCGAGCAAGGCGGCGGGCGUCUGUGAGGAGCGGCCGGUGACUGCCGGUGGCGGUGACGGUAGAGGGCGGCCAUGGCACAGCCGGAGGCCGGCGGCGAUGACUCUCGCUGCGUGCGACUGAGCGCCGAGCGGGCCCAAGUGCUGCUGGCCGACGUGGACACGCUGCUGUUCGACUGCGACGGCGUGCUGUGGCGAGGCGAGACGGCCGUGCCCGGAGCGCCUGAGGCCCUAACGGCGCUGCGGGCCUGCGGCAAGCGCCUCGGCUUCAUCACCAACAACAGCAGCAAGACCCGUGAGGCCUACGCCGAGAAGCUGCGGCGCCUGGGCUUCGGUGGCCCCGCGGGACCCGGCGCCAACCGCGAGGUCUUCGGCACGGCCUAUUGCACCGCGCUCUACCUGCGCCAGCGCCUGUCCGGCUCCCCGGCUCCCAAAGCCUACGUGCUGGGCAGUGCGGCGCUGGCCGCGGAGCUGGAAGCCGUGGGCGUCGCCUGCGUGGGCGUGGGGCCGGAUCCCCUGAAGGGCGACGGCCCGGGCGCCUGGCUGGACGCGCCCCUGGAGCCCGACGUGCGUGCUGUCGUGGUUGGCUUCGACCCGCACUUCAGCUACAUGAAGCUCACCAAAGCCGUGCGCUACCUGCAGCAGCCUGGCUGUCUACUAGUGGGCACCAACAUGGACAACCGGCUCCCGCUCGAGAACGGCCGCUUCAUCGCGGGUACAGGUUGUCUGGUCAGAGCCGUGGAGAUGGCCGCCCAGCGCCAGGCCGACAUCAUAGGGAAGCCCAGCCGUUUCAUCUUCGACUGCGUGUCCCAGGAGUACGGCAUUAACCCGGAGCGCACUGUCAUGGUGGGAGAUCGCCUGGACACAGAUAUCCUCCUGGGUGUCAGCUGUGGCCUGAAGACCAUCCUGACCCUCACCGGAGUGUCCACUUUGGAAGAUGUGAAGACUAAUCAGGAAAGUGACUGCAUGUCUAAGAGGAAAAUGGUCCCUGACUUCUAUGUUGACAGCAUAGCCGACCUUUUGCCUGCCCUUCAAGGUUAAAGAUUUAGCGUCUUUAAGCUACAGAAUAAAAAAAUUGAAAACCUCUUAACCAAAUUAACAGGUGGGGCUUAAGCUCUUGAUUAGCUACGUGGCUUCAAAGAGUAUACAUGGAGUUAAGCAAAAGCACUAGUUAACCUUGUAAGUAAACGUUUGGUGGGCGAUUUUGUUGCAGACCUUUAUAAUUUUAAGAUGCACUUUUAAACUUGGAGGGCAUUGUGGGGGUUGCUGGUAGCAAGAGCAGGCUUCACAUCUGUCCACAAUUCAGAUAACCUAAGGGCCUGCUGACAGGACUGAGGUGUCACGUAUUUUAUUGAAAACUUCAUUCAGGGAUUAAGCCUCCUUGCAGGGCAAAGGGGAGAAGGGGCUGAUUAUUUUGACUGUCACAGGAAAUUUGUACACACCAACACAUGGCCCCAAUGGUGUGGUCAUAAGCAGAGGAACCUGCUGAUGUAUCGCAGCCCCUUGCCUGCAGGGUGGGAGUGAAGGAGGGGGCUGCCCCUCCAUAGUGUCUCCCUGUCCUUGAGGUGUUGGGUGCAGCCCUCACCAUUACCCCACACUUCCUUAAAAACCACUCUGAUUUUAUAGUUGAGUGUCUGUUGUGUUUCAGAUGCCCAGGGCUGGCACUCUUCAUAUAUGAUUGUGCAACUCUAUGAACUUCGUCCAGCUAAAGCUCUACUUUCUCAAAUGUGCAUUUAAACCCAAAUGACAUGGACUGAGCAUAUUGGCUGAGUGGCCAGAAGGGCAUGGAUGCCUUUGCUGAACUUUGGCCUGCUGUUUAGGAAGCUCAGAGCAGCUUUGUUACCAAAAAUUAUUUUUUUAAACCUUCGAACAACUUUAUUAAGGGGUGGAAUUGAAUCUUAUUUGUGUUAAUAGCUGUGCUCUGUCCUUAGGGCAUAAAUCUUACUGAAGAAGUCUCAGUACCCUGCAGCCAAGCCAGAAGCAGGGUUAAAGUCUUGUGCAAGCCAAGGAGUACCUACUACCCGGGCUGCCCUCUGGGGAAGAAAAAGUCCCCAAGAACAGGAAAAUGGUUCCUGCAAAGCAUCCAAUCUCUUCCUGUCCUCCUGUACCCUUGAUUGGGUGGGGGUUAGAUACCAGUCAUCCAUGAGGCCAACUAUCUUGGCCCUGGAGUCUUGUCAGUGGCCAGUUGGAGGACUGGCCUUUUCUGCCUAUUCCUUAAGUUGCUGACCUUUGGCAAAAGGCCUGAUAAGCAGACUCUCCAGCUGCACUUGUAGGGUAGAGCCUGGGAAGCUGUUCCUUUGGGCCAACUCCUUUCUGGUGCCUUGCCCUACGGCCUGUGGCUUUUCUCCUAGCCCCAUAGUCACAGCACUCUUGCUUGUUCUCUACAAGUUCUCAGAAAUAAAGGGUAUCCCAGGCCUUUAGCUCCUCUCAGGCCUGGAGUGUCUGGGGUUUGGACUUUGCCAUGGGGAAACAGCAGCACAACCGGUGCCUAGGAGGUUAGUGGUGAUGAUGUUGACUCUGCGAGGUUAGCUCAAGGUAGGUCUUAAUAUUGAGCAGGCCUGUCAGGGCGUUGUUGCACACAGCAGGUGCAGCAGCCAGCAACACCUUCCUCGUCUGCGCCCCAUCUCUGCCCUUAUUGCACUGUGUGAACCCAAAUGCAUAUUAAACUCUCAAACCCA